AUGGAUCGGCUCAACCGCAUGCUCGCUGGCGCCGGCGGCAUGGGCGGCCUUGGAGCUGCUCCAGGCACUGACAAUGCGAACCUCAUCGACAACUCAGAGACCGUCUACAUCUCGUCUCUAGCGCUAUUGAAGAUGCUGCGACACGGCCGGGCGGGUGUUCCCAUGGAAGUCAUGGGCCUGAUGCUGGGAGAAUUCGUCGAUGACUUCACAGUGAGGGUGGUCGACGUGUUUGCCAUGCCACAAAGCGGAACCGGCGUCAGUGUCGAGGCUGUCGACCCUGUGUUCCAGCAGAAGAUGAUGGACAUGUUGACACAGACCGGAAGGCCCGAGUCCGUAGUAGGAUGGUACCACUCCCAUCCAGGUUUUGGCUGCUGGCUGUCCUCGGUCGAUAUCAACACCCAACAAUCCUUUGAGCAACUCACCCCUCGAGCCGUCGCCGUCGUCGUCGACCCUAUACAGUCCGUCAAGGGCAAGGUCGUCAUUGAUGCCUUCCGCCUCAUCAACCCUCAGUCCCUCAUGCUUGGCCAGGAGCCCCGUCAGAGCACAUCCAACCUCGGCCACCUCAACAAGCCCUCGAUACAGGCGCUUAUUCAUGGUCUCAACAGACACUACUACUCGAUCGGCAUCGACUACCGCAAGACUGCGCUCGAGGAGAACAUGCUCAUGAACCUGCACAAGCACGUGUGGACUGAGGCGCUCGAGAUGAACGAUUUCCGCCACGAGGGCUGCCAGAACAAGGACAAGUUCCAGAGAUUAGUAGCACUUGCUGAGGGCUAUGAGCAGCGCGUCAAGGAGGAGAAUGAGUUGACCAAGGAGCAGCUCAAGACACGAUACGUUGGCAAGCUGGACCCCAAGAAGCAUUUGGAAGAGGUGGGCCAGCAGCUCAUCGAGGACAACAUUGUGUCUUUGUCAAGACAAAUGAUUGACAAGGAGGCUACGCUGCCCAAGAAGGAUACGGCGGCGAACGGCCAAGCGAAUGGCGACCACAUGGAGGUAGAGGAUGAAUAA